CGUUUAAGAUCUGUUUGACAUCUUUUUUCGACAUGUUACGCUAAACUCUACAGUACACCGAGUCGUUUCCGUCCUUAGCUGAGUGCGGUUCAGUCAGAUUCUCUAAACGCACAGGCCCCGCUCUUACCCGAGUAAUUUUACCAAAUUAUCAACAUGUCCCAGGAUUAUUAUGACGGUUCACUGAAUAUAAAUGCUCUAAAAGAAUCAGUGUUAAAAAGACUCGGGGAGGCUCUUGAUAAAGCAAACAGCAGAGGAUGGCGAAAACUCGGGGAGACUGUGAACAGUGACCGGCGCUUCAGAGUCAGUGUGGGGGACAUGGAGAUGUGCUCUCUGAAGGUGUUGGAGUUGGAGGGAAGCCCAUCCCGCAGUCUGCUGAGACUCAUGGGAGACCGAGGCUGCACAGUGGGGGACCUGGUGGAGUUUCUAAAAAUGAUGGGACACACUGAAGCCCUUCAGUGUCUUAAAUCAGGGAUUCAAAUCAUCAUCCAGCCUCAGUCUGUGGCUGUGAUAGUUGGGCACAGAGUUCGCCUCAGCUGCUAUGCUGCAGCCAUCUCGAGCUCCGCCGUGCAGUACCAGUGGUUCAAGGCAAAAGAAGAGGUUCCUGGUAGUUCCUCUUCAGACCUUGUGCUGAGUCCUGUCCAGCUGAGAGAUGCUGGCUUCUAUAUCUGCAGGGUGAACUGCGGUGACUCCUUUGAAUUUAGCCACUGGGUUCAGGUGGAUGUGCUGGAUGUCAUGCCAACAUAUGGGUUGAUGUCUAUUCCAUCAGAGGGAAGGCUAAGAGUGGUUUUACAGCCCAAGCCUCAGUCUUUGCUAGUGGGAGAUGCUCUGUAUCUGGAAUGCGGAGCUGUGGGAAAACCGCUGCCACGCUACCAGUGGUACAGAAAUGGGGCUCCUUUAAAGAAUGCCACCAAGAGGAAACUCAGUAUCCCAUAUCUGAUGUUGGAGCACCAGGGAAGAUAUCGCUGUGAAAUCUCCUGCAACAACGAGCGGACCUGGAGUAAUGAAGUAGACAUCCUCGUAGUAAAAGGACCGAGGACAACCUUCCAGUUUACAGGGGCAACGGAAUGCUCUGAAGAUGACUUCAUAGCCAUUGGACAGUAUAACAGCCUUGAGAAGCCUUAUGCCACAGACAAAGUGGCCUUGCUGAUAGGGAACAUGUCUUAUCAGAACCACCCCCAGCUGAAGGCGCCCAUGGUGGAUGUGUACGACCUCACCAACCUGCUUCGCCAGCUCAACUUUAAAGUGGUCUCACUGCUGGACCUGACUGAGUCAGAGAUGCGCAACGCUGUAGAGGAGUUUCUCUCCCUGCUACACAAAGGCGUUUAUGGCUUGUUGUACUAUGCUGGACAUGGUUAUGAGAACUUUGGAAAUAGCUUCAUGGUGCCGGUUGAUGCCCCAAACCCAUACCGAUCAGCAAACUGCUUGUGCGUGCAAAGCAUUCUGAAACUGAUGCAGGAAAAAGAGACCGGUCUCAAUGUCUUCCUUCUUGAUAUGUGCAGGAAAAGAAACGUUCAUGAUAAGGACAUGCCAAAUGUUAUGCUCAAGGUCACAGCCAAUAUCGUGUUUGGUUAUGCUACCUGUCAAGAUGCCGAAGCUUUUGAGUUAAGCUCCAGCGGAUUCACCAAUGGCGUCUUCAUCAAGUUUCUAAAAGAGCGCCUCCUGGAAGAUGAAAAAAUCACUGUGCUCCUGGACAGCGUGGCAGAGGACAUGGGCCAGUUCGAUCCUACUAAGGGGAAACAGGCUCUUGAGAUCCGCAGCAGCCUGUCAGAAAGACGCUCCCUGACUGACCCAAUCCUACCUGGAGAGUGUUCAGACUUGGUCCAAGCUCACAGCCUCCUCUGGGCUAAAGCACACGAGCUACCAGAAAGCAUGACUCUGGACUUUGAAUGUGGCGUGCAGCUAAAGAUGGGCUUUGCGGCCGAGUUCUCCAAUGUGCUGGUCAUCUACACCAACAUUGUAAAGAAGCCAGAGGAGAUGUCCUCAUGUCAGGCUCACCUCAUCAACCUUUCAGACCUCGACCCUAAGAUGAUGAAUAAGGAAACCCCAGAGGAAACAGGAAGCUACCUGCUCUCUGAAAGUCUUCCCCAGCACUGCCUUUAUACCAGACUCAGUUCCCUACAGAAGCUUAAGGAGAACCUAGUCUUCACUGUCUGUCUGCAGGCUGAAUUUACAUCUCUAGAUGAGCAGGUACAGUGGACCAAAAUGGUGGACAUCGGCAAGCCCCUAAUAGCAAAGCUGAACCUGCACCGGCCCACCAGGAGGAACAGCUGUCAGCAGACAUGCCUCAUGCCCCAUAGCCCAUCCACCAGCCCGACCCCGAGCCCAGGAGCCGAGCGACUACUUGGGAUCCAUGGGAUCCCAUGCCACCACCCACAGUCCGACAGCCCCUUCCUUCACGUCUGUGAGCCCUUACACGGAGCCGCUGGGGCUUACGGAGACUCUCUGCACAAUGAUUAUGCAUAUCACUAUGAAAAUAAUUCAUAUUCACCUUAUAUGCCUAUACCCAGUGUGCCCAUUGAAGCCACUGAAGACAUUGAAGAUAUGCAGAAUAGAUUCAUGGACAGCUUACAUUUAUACAACCAGCCUUGAACUGGGGAGACUGGGACAAAAACUGGAAAAUGAAAAUAUUUACUUACUUGUAAAACAUCUUAGAUUAUGUGAUAUUGUUAAGUGUCAGCUGUUAUAUAUAAAUUGUGACAUUUUCUGUUAGACAGAAUGCACUUUUAUACAGUAGGCUAUAUUUUGAAUAAUAUUUUAAUCUGAUGGUGGUUUACAGUCCUUACUCAUGUAUGUAAUAGAUGCACAAAUUAACCCAUUUAUACUAAAGUAUUGCUGGUGACCAUUUAACAGGUCUAAUGUAUUUCCCUAAAUGUUUGCAUUGUUGUUGAUAAGGAAAGCUGCAUGUGAAUGAUGCUACAUUGCAUCAUUAAUUAGAAUAUAUUCUAAAUAAGUGAGUAAGCAGUCACUUGUGAGGCUGUCAUUGUACUUUUAAAUAUAUAUAGUUAUAAAAACAGUAUCUAAGCAGACAUAUUACUCAAAUUAAAAAUAUAUAGAUUGUUCCUUUGUUUUGUAAUAAAGCUAACUAGUAUCA